AUGACCCAAGUAUAUACCACGUUCUCCUGUGCGAGAGAACAAGUGCUCUUCCUUUCUGAGGCCUACGUCCGGAGGACCCAUCAUGAUUGGGCCUUCAAAGGAGCUUCUGGCUGGCUUCUUGUUGGCUCAUUUUAUCGCGGCUGGCUGGCGACCAUCAUUAUUGACUCAAGUUCACAUUCGCUAUCCAUGCCCUUGAAGCGCGAAGAGGGGUGGGUCCGGGUUAUGGACCUGCUCGAUCAUUACACGGAAAUAGGCCUGGCUCCUUGGUUCUCCCCGACUGCUGCUCUGCAUACUCGGGUGGCGAUGACUUUUCUCGGGUCUCGGAGCUCCUUCUUUCUCCGUGAUCCCUCAUAG